GAGUGUGAGUGGAGGGGGGUAGAAGCAACAGCCGGAAGAGGAUUGUAGGAUUAUGUGUGUACGUUAUCAGUGGGGGAGGGGGAGGAGUAUCAGGGUGAGGUAUUAAAGCUAGAGUGGAGUAGAUGGAGGGAGUGGACGGACCAGAACUGGACACAUGUCCACAUCUGUGUUUACGACCCAGCCCUGUAUCUCUGUUUGCCUUUUCCAAACUUUUAAACACCAACUUCCUGUUACAAUUCCAUCUUCUCUUUUUUCCCACUUCCCUCUUCAAAUCCAACAUCUCCUGAUCCCACGUCUUUGUUGUUCUCUUUGUGUCUGUCUGUCCGGCUCCUUCUCCCCUGUACUUUUUCUGUCUCUGCGCGUGUGUUUUGUUGAAAUUUAGAGCAGAGGUUAGGAGGAGACUGAAGGACAGAGUUGCAGAACUGCCGGUGGUUGGUCUCCCAGUGGUUAGUCUUAGCAUAUUUGUGGUACCAGGCGACAAGAAAGACGGUUUUGGCGAUGGUCGCGGCUGUGGAGGAUUCUUGUCCCAGUGGGACACGAGAAAAGGAGGAGGUGACGCCGACCAGACAGUCUGGAGAGAAGGGGUCAGGAGAUGGACAGACCACACAGGGAACAGAUGCGACUGGAGCCAUGCAGCAGGUGGCGGAUAAUGUGGGUGAGACGCCCAACUCCACGGGGGCCAAAGACAUCGACCUGCUCUUCCUGCGCGGGAUCAUGGAAAGUCCCAUUGCUCCGGAGCAGCAGGAGGAAGUAAAGCUGGAGGCGGUGCAGGACAACAACGUGGAGCUGGUGACGGAGAUCCUGGGAGACAUCAGCGGCCUGAAGGUCAGAGAUGACAGCGCGGCCGAACUGUCCAAGAUCCUGCAGGAGCCGCACUUUCAGUCUCUUCUAGAGGCACAUGACAUGGUGGCUUCCAAAUGCUUCGAAGUCCCGCCCCCUCCUGAGAUGGCCAAUGACGCAGCUGUGAACAACGCCCUGAUGCAGGCUGAUGCCGUGCGCAUGAUUGGCAUCCGAAAGAAGGCCGGAGAGCCGCUGGGUGUGACCUUUCGGGUGGAGAAAGACGACCUGGUCAUCGCCAGAAUCCUGCACGGUGGAAUGAUUGACAGGCAGGGUCUGCUCCACGUGGGCGACAUCAUUAAGGAAGUGAAUGGCAAAGAUGUGGGCAACAACCCCACGGAGCUGCAGGAGAUGCUGAAAGACUGCAGCGGAGGCAUCACUCUCAAAAUCCUCCCCAGCUACAGGGACGCUCCGGCUCCCCCUCAGGUCUAUGUGAGGCCGUACUUCGACUACAACCCAGCAAACGACAACCUCAUCCCCUGUCGGGAGGCCGGCAUGAGCUUCACGAGGGGAGACAUCCUUCAGAUUGUCAACAGAGAAGAUCCAAACUGGUGGCAGGCGUGUCACAUGGUGGGCGGAGCCACUGGACUGAUACCCAGUCAGUUUCUGGAGGAGAAGAGGAAAGCCUUUGUCCCUCGAGACUUUGAUGGGUCAGGCAUCCUUUGUGGCACAAUAGCAGCAAAGAAGAAGAAGAAGAUGAUGUACCUCACAGCCAAGAAUGCUGAGUUUGACCGACACGAGCUGCAGAUCUAUGAAGAAGUGGCAAAGGUGCCGGCGUUCCAGAGGAAAACACUGGUUCUCAUCGGUGCUCAAGGUGUGGGUCGGCGCAGCCUGAAGAACCGGCUCAUGGUCCUACAACCCACACUGUUUGGCACCACCAUACCAUACACUUCCCGACGUCCCCGCGACGACGAGCUGGACGGGAACACCUACCAUUUCACCAGCAGGACGGAGAUGGAGGUGGACGUGAAGGCCGGACGUUUCCUGGAACACGGAGAAUAUGACGGGAACCUGUACGGAACCAAGAUCGAGUCCAUCCACGAGGUGGUGGCCACGGGACGCACGUGUAUUUUAGAUGUCAACCCGCAGGCCUUGAAGGUACUGAAGACAGCAGAGUUCAUGCCGUAUGUGGUGUUCAUAGCGGCCCCUGACUUUGACACGCUCAAGGCCAUGCACAAAGCUGUGGUGGACGCCGGCAUCACCACCAAGCAGCUCACGGAUGUGGACCUGAGGAAGACGGUGGACGAGAGCGCCCGCAUCCAGAGGGCUUACAGCCACUACUUUGACCUGACCAUCGUCAAUGACAACCUGGACAAGGCCUUUGAGACGUUACAGGCCUCUGUGGACAAACUGUGCAGUGAACCCCAGUGGGUCCCAGUGAACUGGGUUUACUGAGAACCAACACCAGCAGCAGCAGCAGCAGCAGCUCCACUGAUUGGGUGUCAGCAUGUGCGUGCGUUUGUGACCACAAAGGCCAAAGAAGAGAAGAGUGUGAAAACACUUCUGCAAUAACAUCAAUAACGAUAUGACAAAAAAAAAAAAAAAAAAUUCCCAACAGCUCUGUCUCCUCUCGGGCCUCCACCUUGCA